GUCCACUCUAUCCCCGUCGCGGAGAGUGUGCGGCUCCGCUCACAGAGCAAUGCGAUGAUAAAAACCGCAUAUGCGGUAAGGCUACACACCUACCAGGGCAGGGACAUAUCCACGAAACCGCCUCACUCCGUUUUCUUCUCAUACCGCGAGCCUUAUCCACUACUCUCAUCGGAACCCGAAGUGCCAGCAUUACCAUGUCCAAGCCAACAGGGGGCGUCGCCAACGAUGUCACCCGCUUCCUGUCAUCGGGCGUGGGGUCAGGCUCUCCCACCUCCGGCUCCACCAAGUUCUCCGCCGCCAGCCAGGCCGACUGGGCCGCCAAGAGGCUGGUUUGGGUGCCGUCGGAGAAGCACGGCUUCGAGUCGGCCAGCAUCCGAGAGGAGCGCGGCGAUGAGGUGGAGGUGGAGCUCACAGAGACCCAGCGCAAGCUGACCCUGUCCAGGGAGGAGGUGCAGCGCAUGAACCCGCCGCGCUUCAGUAAGGUGGAGGACAUGGCCGACCUCACCUGCCUCAACGAGGCGUCUGUGCUCCACAACAUCAGGGAAAGAUACUACUCGGGCCUGAUCUAUACGUAUUCAGGGCUGUUCUGUGUGGUGGUGAACCCCUACAAAAACCUGCCCAUCUACACGGAGUCCAUCGUGGAGAUGUAUCGCGGCAAAAAGCGCCACGAGAUGCCCCCGCACAUCUACGCCAUAUCAGAGGCGGCCUAUCGCAGCAUGCUGCAAGAUCGAGAAGAUCAGGCCAUCCUGUGCACAGGCGAAUCUGGAGCUGGGAAAACAGAGAACACCAAGAAAGUCAUCCAGUAUUUGGCUCACGUUGCCUCGUCUCAUAAAGGUGGCGCUAGAAACAAGGAGGCUGCACAGAUGGACGGUUCUCGAUCCCUAACAAGAGGCAGCACUCUGGUGAACAGGAGUUUACAAUAUGGUGAGCUGGAGAGACAGCUGCUGCAGGCCAACCCCAUCCUGGAGGCGUUUGGAAACGCCAAGACUGUUAAGAACGACAACUCCUCUAGAUUUGGUAAAUUUAUCCGCAUUAAUUUCGACGUGGCGGGAUACAUUGUCGGUGCCAACAUUGAGACCUACCUCCUUGAAAAGUCGCGGGCUACUCGUCAGGCCAAGGAUGAGAGAACUUUUCAUAUCUUUUACCAGUUGUUAUGCGGCGCUUCAGAUAAAACUAGAGCGGACUUGCUUCUUGGAAGUGCAGACGAGUAUCGUUACCUAAGUGGAGGCUCCAUCCCCGUUCCUGGUCAGAGCGACGCUGAAAACUUCACGCAGACCAUGGACUCCGUGGCGAUAAUGGGCUUCACCCCCGAGGAGUCAGUGUCCAUGCUGAAGGUGAUCUCUGCCGUGCUCCAGUUUGGAAACAUAUCCUUCAUGAAGGAGAAGAACCACGACCAGGCCUCUAUGCCCGACAACACAGCCGCCCAGAAGCUGUGCCACCUGCUGGGCAUCAACGUGCUGGAGUUCACCCGUGCCAUCCUCACGCCGAGGAUCAAAGUGGGGAGAGAAUACGUGCAAAAAGCUCAGACUAAAGAACAGGCUGACUUUGCCAUCGAGGCGUUGGCGAAGGCAACGUAUGAGCGUCUGUUCAGGUGGCUGGUCCACAGGAUUAACAGAGCCCUGGACCGCAGGCAGAGACAAGGCGCAUCCUUCAUUGGCAUCCUUGAUAUAGCUGGCUUUGAGAUCUUCCAGCUAAACUCCUUUGAGCAGCUCUGCAUUAACUACACCAACGAGAAGUUGCAGCAGCUCUUCAACCACACCAUGUUCAUCCUGGAGCAGGAGGAAUACCAGAGAGAGGGCAUCGAGUGGAACUUCAUCGACUUCGGCCUCGACCUACAACCCUGCAUUGACCUCAUUGAGCGACCAGCUCACCCACCUGGUGUCCUGGCCCUUCUGGAUGAAGAGUGCUGGUUCCCUCGGGCGACCGAUCGCACAUUUGUGGAGAAGCUCUGUUCUGAGCAAGGCAGCCAUUCAAAGUUUUACAAAUCAAAGCAGCCUCGUGGAGAAGCGGACUUCUCCAUCAUUCACUAUGCCGGAAAGGUGGACUACAAGGCGCACGAUUGGUUGGUGAAGAACAUGGAUCCUCUGAACGACAACGUGGCGUCUCUUCUCCAUCAGUCGUCUGAUCAUUUUGUGUCCGAACUCUGGAAGGAGGAUAUUCAAACACUUCCUCGUGUGUACUUCUUUGACUCCUAUGCCACUCUGCAGACUAAUGGCUCCGACAUCGACAGGAUCGUGGGUCUGGACCAGGUGUCUACAGGAGACAGCAGCGGGACGUCUCCGUUCGGCGCGUCGGGGCUGAAGACAAAGAAGGGAAUGUUUCGGACUGUUGGUCAGCUCUACAAAGAGUCCCUCACGAAGCUGAUGGCCACGCUCAGGAACACCAACCCCAACUUCUUGCGAUGCAUCAUCCCCAACCACGAGAAGAGGGCUGGUAAACUAGCGCCGCACCUUGUUUUGGACCAGCUGAGGUGCAACGGUGUUCUGGAGGGAAUCCGUAUCUGCAGACAGGGAUUCCCCAACCGCAUCCCGUUCCAGGAGUUCAGACAGAGGUACGAGAUUCUUACCCCCAACGCCAUACCUCGCACCUUCAUGGACGGCAAACACGCGUCAGAGCUCAUGAUCAACGCUUUGGAGCUGGAUCCCAACCUGUACAGGGUGGGUCAGAGCAAAGUCUUCUUCAGGGCCGGGGUCCUGGCUCACCUGGAGGAGGAGAGAGACUUGAAGAUCACGGACACCAUCAUACGGUUCCAGAGCGGCGCCAGAGGUUACCUCGCACGCAAGGCCUUUAUGAAGAAGCAGCAGCAGCUGAGCGCCCUGAGGGUGAUGCAGAGGAACUGCGCUGCUUACCUUAAACUCAGGAACUGGCAGUGGUGGCGACUGUUUACGAAGGUGAAGCCCUUGUUGCAGGUGAGCCGGCAGGAUGAAGAGAUCCAGUCCAGAGAGAAGGAGCUCCACAAGGCCAAAGAAAACCUCACCCGAGUAGAGCAGGAGUACGCCGAGCUGGACAAGAAGCACGCUCAGCUGGAGGAGGAAAAGGCGGUGCUGGCCGACCAGCUGCAGGCGGAGGCAGAGCUGUUCGCAGAGGCGGCGGAGAUGCGGGAAAGGUUAGCCUGCCGAAAGCAAGAGCUGGAGGACAUCGUGAGCCAGCUGGAGACCCGACUGGAUGAGGAGGAGGAGAGGAGCGAGCAGCUGGCCAAUGAGAAGAAGAAAAUGCAGCAGAAUAUACAGGACCUGGAGGAGCAACUAGAGGAGGAGGAACGUGCCAAACAGCGCCUCCUGCUGGAGAAGGUUACCUUGGAGACCAAAGUGAAGAGCCUGGAGACGGACCUCCUGACUACCGUGGAGCAGAGAGACCGACUGAGCAAGGAGAAAAAGCUGCUGGAGGAACAUCUGAGCGAGGUGACUGACCAACUGACUGAGGAGGAGGAGAAGUCUAAAAGCCUGAACAAACUUAAGAACAAGCAGGAGGCCAUCAUUGCUGAUCUCGAAGAACGUCUAAAACGUGAGGAGCAGGGUCGCUUGGAGCAGGAGAAGUGGAAGAGGAGGAUGGAGACCGACUCACUGGAAGCCCAGGAGCAGCUGUCGGACCUGGGCAUGUUGACCGCCGAGCUCAAGGGGACUCUGACACAGAAGGAGAAGGAGAUAACCACCCUGCAGGGCCGGUUGGAAGAAGAAGGUGCGCGCCGCGCUGAGGCUCAGAGGGAACUGAGGGAGGCCAUGUCCCAGGUGUCCGAGCUGAAGGAGGAGGUGGAGAAUGAACAAAAGAUGAGGGAGAGAGCGGAGAAGCAGAGGCGAGACCUGGGGGAGGAGCUGGAGGCUCUGAGGACUGAGCUGGAGGACACUCUGGACCACACGGUUGCACAGCAAGAGCUAAGGUCUCGGCGGGAGACAGAGCUAGGCGAGCUCCAGCGAUGUGUUGAAGAGGAGACCCGUCGCCACGAGGCCCAGCUGUCAGAGCUCAGAAUCAAACACAACGCCGCCAUAGAAAACCUCCAGGAGCAGCUGGACAACAGCAAGAGGGCACGCCAGUCCCUGGAGAAGGCCAAAGCCAUGCUGGAGGAGGAGAGGCAGAGUUUGACAGAAGAAGUCAAGAACCUCCAGACGAGUCGCUCGGAGAGCGAGAGAGGCCGAAAGAGGGCCGAGGCUCAGCUGCAGGACCUCAACGCCCGUCUGGCUCAGGCCGACAGGGAGAAGGAGGACAGGGAGGAGCGGAUGCACAAGCUGCAGUGUGAGAUUGAAGGGCUGUCCGGCAGUCUGUCCUCCUCUGACUCCAAAUCUCUUCGGCUCUCUAAAGAACUCAACAGCCUGGAGAGCCAGCUGCACGAUGCCAAGGAGCUGCUGCAGGAUGAGACACGUCAGAAGAUGGCCCUGGCCUCCAGGGUGCGAACUCUGGAGGAUGAGAAGAACGGACUGAUGGAAAGACUGGAGGAAGAGGAAGAAAGAGCCAAAGAGCUGAGCCGUCAGAUACAAACACACACCCAGCAGCUCACAGAGCUCCGUAAGCAGUCUGAGGAGGUGAGCACCGCCGUGGAGGCCGGAGAGGAGACGCGCAGGAAGCUCCAGAGAGAGCUGGACAGCGCCGUCCAAAAAGAGCGACAGAAAGAGGAGGAGAAGGAGCGGGUUGAGAGGCAACGGGAGCGGCUGAGGGAGGAACUGGAGGACAUGACCAUCGCCCUGCAGCGGGAGAGGCAGAACUGCACGGCCCUCGAAAAGAGGCAGAAGAAGUUCGAUCAGUGCCUGGCAGAGGAGAAGGCAGUGAGCGCUCGUCUGGCAGAAGAGAAGGACAGAGCCGAAGCAGACAACCGAGAGAAGGAAACCAAAUGUCUCUUCCUGUCCCGAUCCCUGCAGGAGGUGCAGGACCAAAGAGACGAGCUGGAGAGAGCCAACAAGCAGCUGCGUCUGGAAAUGGACCAGCUCGUAAACCAGCAGGAUGACGUCGGCAAAAAUGUCCACGAGCUCGAGAGGACCAAGAGGGGUUUGGAAACCGAGGUUCAGAGCCUACGAACCCAAACCCAAGAGCUGGAGGAGGAGCUGACCGAGGCGGAGAACCUGAGGCUGCGGCUGGAGGUCAACCUGCAGGCCCUCAAGGCUCAGUUUGAGAGGGAGAUAAGCAACAACGAGGAGAAGGGAGAGGAGAAGAGGAGGGCGCUGAGCAAGCAGGUCAAAGAGCUGGAGAUCCACUUGGAGGAGGAGAGGACUCAGCGCGCUCAGGCCGUGUCGGCCAAGAAGCAGCUGGAGGCCGAGCUGCAAGAAGCCGAGGCCCAGCUAGAGGCAGCCAGUCGUGGCAAAGACGAUUCUGUGAAGCAGCUCCGCCGACUGCAGGGUCAAAUGAAGGAGAUUCUCCGCGAGCUGGACGAGACCAAGUUAUCUCGAGAGGAGGUGAUCGCACAGUCGAAAGACAGCGAGAAGAAAAUACAGACGCUGGAAGCGGAGGUGCUGCACCUCACAGAGGAGCUGGCCGUAUCGGAGCGACAGAAGAGACAAGCGCAGCAGGAGAGAGAUGAAAUGUCUGAAGAGAUGGUCAACAGCAGCUCUGGAAAGAACGUGCUGUCUGACGAAAAGAGGAGGUUAGAGUCUCGGAUCAGUCAGCUGGAGGAGGAGCUGGAGGAGGAGCAGACAAACGGCGAGCUGCUGGCGGAGAGGCAACGGAAGACAGCUCUGCAGGUGGAGACUCUGACCGUGCAGCUGCAAGGGGAAAGGACUCUGGCCCAGAAGGCCGAGGCGUCCCGAGAGCAGCUGGAGCGGCAGAACAAGGAGCUGAGGACCCGGCUGGAGGAGAUGGAGGGAGCGGUGAGGGGCAAACACAAGCUCAGCGUCGCCGCCCUGGAGGCUAAGAUUGAGUCUAUGGAUGAGCAGCUGGAACAGGAGAGACAGGAACGAGCCAUCGCCAACAAAAUGGUGAGGAAGACGGAGAAGAGGCUAAAGGAGGCGAUGAUGCAAGCAGAGGACGAGAGGAGACACGCAGACCAGUACAGAGAACAGCUGGAUAAGUCAAUGGUUCGGCUGAAGCAGCUGAAGAGGCAGCUGGAGGAGGUGGAGGAGGAGAACUCCCGCUCCAACGCUCAGAAGAGGAAGCUGCAGAGGGACCUGGAGGAGCUCACCGACAGCAAUCAGCUCAUGAUGCGGGACCUCUCCAUGCUCCGCACCCAGUUUAGGCGUGCUCCCUUGCCGCUGUCGAUGCGAGGACGCAGAGCGUUGGUCGACGACUUCUCGCUGGAGAACUCCGACUCGGAGGAGCUCCCCGCCUCCCCCACGCCCCCCUCUGGACUCCCACAGAGCCUGACCCCCUCCUCAGAGCAAAGCCUGGACCCGCCUCCGCCGUACAGCGUCAACAACACGGAGUGACGCCCGCAGUGACUCAGACCGCAGCCUCGAACACUCAGGGGUGGAGGAGAGACGCGCACAUCGCAGCUCUAGUUUUAAACAAAAGUCAUACAGGAUGGGUGCAAAUAGGUGCUAUAACGACGUGCCGACGCUCUGAUUUCUUCCUCAGCUAAUUCAGAAAACAGGAUUUUUUUUUUUUCGCGUCAAUUUCUAUAUCUCAUUUCCUUAAUGCUAACAAAGAAACUGAAAAACUACAGAUUUUAAAGCGAAAAUGCGUUAUCUGCUAAUUUCAUGAUAGGUUCAGUUCCCAGAGAGCAGACUGAGCUAAGGUGUUAACGUUCUCUCCAUAAGGAGGCGUUUCCAAGCCGUGACUGUGUGGAUCUGACUCGACAAAGGGCUGCUCAAGCUGGAAAACGACAAUCUAGUGCGACGCAAAACAGCCGACAGGAACCAGAUAAACAACAGACCCCAAAAAAAAAAGGCCGGAAAAAUUACAACGUCAGCAGCGAGCAGAGCAAUAUUUGACCCGACGCGUGUUUUAAUAGUCGAUGAAGUCGGAGGCAUCACAGGUUUCAUGUCGUCAGGCACGGUUAGAUGAUUUAGGUUAGAAGGCGUCUGAUGUUGGGCGAGGCAGAGGGUCUGAGUAGUUUCUUUAACUUAAAGUCUUAAAGCGUUGCUUCAGAACCGUCCGUGAUUUAUAUCCGACGUGAAUUCACGCUGCUCGGGGCGCGGCCGUGUGCCAGUCGGGUUGUUUCUACGCCCGCAGGGUCCCACAGGUGAAUUUACCUGGGAGAUUUAUCACUGCUGUCGAAAAAAAAUAAUAAAAAAGAACCAGAAACACCCUCAUCGUUUUUUUUUUUUUUUUUAAUCCCAAGCAGCACAUUCUUUUCUUAUCUUACGCUGAUACAGACACUGCUUUUUUUUUUUUUUUUUUUGCUUUCUUUCCCGACACUUUACUUCUGAUUUGACUGCACUGAUGACGAGCUGUGUACUAUAUCAAUCAAAGCAAAGCUUUUGUGUUUAACCAAACGGUGGGCGUACGGAUGAGAAAAGGGACUUGAAAUUUGUAGUAAACAUAGAGUAGCAGCAGAAUAAAGUAGGUGGGAUGGGGAGGGAUGGGGUGGGGGGGGGCGCUUGUUGGGUUUUCUAUAAUGGAUAAACUAAGCCUCUGCUCACACUUAGGUCGACCGUAGAGUUUUAAUAUGCUAGUAGCGUUAGGUUUAAAGAAAAUGACAAUGUCGGCACUGACAGAUGGAUUUUUAUUAAGCUGCUUUUUUUUUUACUUCAGCUACUGAGAUCUAAGAGGCGUUAAUCUGUGAGGGUUGAACCAAACGCGGACACUUUUUAUGGCGCUGCUGUGAAACCUGGUUCGAGACACGUGUCUCUUCGGAUUGUUUCCAUGUUGUUGUUGUUUUGUUUGUCUGUUUUUUUUGUUUUUUUUAACGAAACGAACACUUGUUCGCCUGAUGGAGGCUUCGGCCUGUAACCCAUUUUUGAAAUGAGCUGAUUUGCUAACGGGGAGAUUCCCCCUUAAGGACAGCUGGAUUUUCACAGGAGCUGAUGGUAUCUGGGUCAAUUCGCCCCCUUUGCCAAUUCAUAACCUCGUUUUUGUCCGCGGCCUGUUGGCAUUAAACACACUUCUACACUGACACGAAAAAACAUAUGCUUACAGAUUACGUUAAAUACUGCAGGUAUUCAAACUAGUGUUUAUGUCAACACUAGUGAAAAAUAACGCUGAUUUAUUGGAUUAUUUUAUUUAAUAAAUGAAAGGAAUCUAUCAAAACCAACCUGGCCCUACAGGAAAGUGAAGCGACAUCACUUUAGAGCUGCAACACACAUCAAAAUAUCAUCGACUGCUUAGAUGCAAUAUUUAGCUGGAUGCGUUAUUUUAUGUGUCGUGCAUUUAUUACAUAAUAUAUGUGGCCAGUUGGAAGGACUAUUAAUUAACUCGCCUGAAUGGUGAGAACAUUGUGUCAUGAGAAAGAAAGAAAAGUGUUUGGACAAUAAUCAACAUUAUCAAUAAUACUUGCCCAAUUCUCAGAAGUACUAUCGCAAUUAAAUAUUUUCCUUAAAUCCUGCAGCUCUACCCCACUGAAUGUGAUUUUACAGAUCAGGAUCUGUAAAAACAAGAAAUGGCUUCAUUUGAACCCGUCUGACAACGCAAAGUGUGCUAAAAGAGGCCAAAAAGCGUCUGUACUACGUAAGCAAACGCGGAACGUAAAUAUUGCAUAUCAGGUUAUUUAUUAUGGUAGUUAGAUAUUUUUUAAGAACUGUGUAGAAGAAAAUAAAAUAUAAAUGCUGAACUGUUACAUGUAAUUUAAUGAAGAUUUUAUAUCCAGCCGUAUUUUCGUUUAAUUUGACUCUGAUCCCGGCGUAUGGAGUGGUAAAGGUGGCAAAUUGACCAGUAACCCAGAAGUUGCAGCACUAAAUAAAAACAUAAAUCCACUAUUCUGUUAACUCGGCAUCAGGUGAGCAAGUAGAAAAAAAAAAAGGCAAAAGGUUGAAAUUUGCUAUUUGAAACAACAGAUCCGUGCUAAAUCUGGUCAAAAUGGUGAACCGUAAACAAAACCUCGAGACGUAUUGACAAGGUUGCAAAUCGAAUGGAUUUUGUUAUUUUUUUGGCCAGACACAGACAGUUGUCACUGCUUUUAGGUCAAAAUUACUACAAAUAGAAAGGACUAUAGAAGAAAGUAUUUAUUUCCUGCGUAACUCAACCAAUGGAACCGAUGAAAACUAAAGAUUGUGUUGCUGAAACGUUGCUCUGAAUGUUUAUUCCUUAGUUUGAUGAUCAGUGUUUACCGUCGAGGCCUCUGCGGUAGUUUUUUUUUUUUUUUUUGGGGGUAAUCAGGGUCGCUUCUCUUGAUUCUGUUCAACUUAAUGCAGCAGCUGCAUGUGUAUCCGUACUUUCGCCCUGAAUCACAGCAGCCGGGGAGGUGGAAAACUAACUACUGAUGACAGGCGUGUAACAGCGCCUGCUAUUUUAAUUCCUCUUUUUCUAAAUAUGUAGACCUUUACUUUAGCAAUAUGCAACCUGUUAUUUUUUGUGUGAAAGCUGCACUUUUACGUAUUACUGACAUAAGAAAAUAGAAAAUCAGCUCUUGUUUGCCUCAAAAAAGGCUGACUAAGCAUGAAGCCAAACAAGCUGAGGUCACGCGUCACGGUGAUGGAGUCCCUUUGAACUUUUGUCAUAAUCGACCAGAACGUGGCGAUGAGUCCCGGUCACCUGCAGCGAGAGAUAAGUCCCGGAGCGUCUCUGAGGUGUUUUUGAUUUUUGUUUUUUCCCCCCCGAGUCUUUGUUUAUGGCUACUGUGGAACUUGAAAGAUUUUGGAAAUAUGUUUUUAUUGUUUUAGGCCUUUUUUUUUUUGUUAAUGAAAUUGUAAUUAUUAAACAUCUGACUGGGGUUGACUUUAUUAUAAGUGACCGUUGUU